GUGGGGUGUUCCCUUCAGAUCACGUGACUGUAUAUGGUCUUGUCAAGAACAGCGACAGGUGGCCCGACUCCGGGGAUUUCAAUGUUCAACGAAGUAAAGACAAUAAUCCCUUACGAAGUAAAGACAAUAAUCCCUUACGAAGUAAAGACAACAAUCCCUUACGAAGAGCAGACGAUGUCCGAGAACUGUGUACACGAUGAUGAGGUCGACAACAAGCAACACGACACAAGAGCUGGCUAUUUAAAAGGCAGCUAUUUGAGCAGAUGCAGGGACAUGGCGCAUCCUUGUCACACGAAGAAAACGAGGGACAAUAGUGAUGCUGUAACGAUGUACGACGAUGCUGAAGUGACCACCAUCCAAAGAAGUGCAGUGACCACACAUACUUUACAGGCUGUUUUACCUCAAACAGCAAGUAUUUCAAAAUGUCAGAACCCGGACAAAAUACAGACUCAGCAUGGCUCAGACAACAUACGUGGAGCAUAUGCCGAUGUUGUACGACCAGCGGGGAUGUGACUACACGUACGACUAUUCGUCCGAUGUGUCGUCCCCGGCGUCCUCCUCAGCAUCCCCCCAGCACUCGCCUCUCCUCUCUGACGACGAGGCCGCCCACCACUGGUUCAUCACCAAUCCAGUGGAGGUGACGUAUAGUGGCUACCACAUCAAUGAACCUGCGCAGGAGUACACCCCACUUGCUCCAAUGGACAGUUCAUGUUUGCAUUAUGUCGAUCCCCGGCCAGAAGUUGAGAGGCACAUCCCUCGAGCACAUCACCGGGGCAGUGAUGUUUUGAAGAUAGAAAAGUUGGAAAAUCAAGUGUAUGCUGUUUUUGGAAGGCAUCGCUACAGCAUUGACCCAGAAGACAAGUUUGAUGCCAGUAACUGUGAGUGUUACACAUCUAAUGUUGCCAAAAGUGUCGUCACGCAUACAGCUGCAGAAGAAAGUGUUUCGAUCUUCUACCCCCAGCCCCCGAGACGCACUCAGGGCACCAGGAGCAAGCGACUGCCCCGUGCGGAGAGGCUGUGGGAGUUCAUUUUGCGGCUGCUUCUGGACCCCAGCUACAACCCGUCACACAUAGAGUGGGUGGAUCGGGAGAAGGGGAUGUUCAGGCUGGUCAACUCCAGGGGCAUUGCCCGGAUGUGGGGGAAGCGAAAGAACAACCUGGACAUGACCUAUGAGAAGUUGAGUCGAGCUAUGAGAUACUACUACCAUCGAAAGAUUUUGCAGCCUGUCUUUGGUAAGAAGCUUGUGUACAAGUUUGGACCAAAUUCGACGGGAUGGCAACUGAACUGAAUGUGCACGCAUGUCGCCUGCAGCUGUUUAUAUAUUUAUAUCCUCUGUUGAUAGAUUAUGUAACUUAUGCUGAAAUCAGCUGAAAGCUCAAUGAUAAAUAAUAAGUUCUCUAAAAUGUAACAUAUUGUCUUGUGGCAAAUUUGCCAAAUGUUUUAAUUCACGUUAAAAUGUUUAUUUUUAUAGCUGUAUGUAUAGUUUGGUGUCUCCAUUUUGAGACGUAUUACACAACUACCUUACUCUUUUAGCAGUGGAACAGAUUUUAUAUUGAGAACAGAAAAAUCCAUGUUAUACGUGCUGUGUUUUAACCGCAGAUCAAUAUUUCUAUUUCAUCGUUUUGUAAACGUUGUAAAUAUUAUAAUAGUGCUAAACUAAUAUCCCGGUGCUCAACAAUAUAAUUGAUAUAUUUUAUACAGUCAGUUUGGAUAUUUUUUAUCAAUGUGUUUAUAUCUGUACAUUGAACAUGUGUAUAUUGAUGCUUUUACAUGCAUGUAUAAUGUUGUGGGCUGAAUACUUGCUUUAUCGGCCAAACGCUUAGGUAUGUCUUGUAUUUAACACAACAGGUUAAAUAUAGUGAGGUAAAAAGUAUUCUUUCCUCAACUCUGUAAAAUAUAGGAAUAUCUGAGAAUAGAUAUCUUACAUCGUGUGAAUAACCACGUUAUAAAUUACGUCAUAGUUAUCUUUUAACUAAAGCAGUGUCAGCUUCUAAAAUAUGUUAUUUAUUUGUUAAAUGUUUUAUAGAAAGUAUGAUUUCAUUGACGCAAUAUCCCCGCCCCGAUGAGAGUCUGAGGUGUGGGUUUUAAUACAUAACAUUAUAUAUAUUUGAGGAUUGUUGUUGCGAAUAAGUAUUUCGGUUGAAAAAUGCUUUCAUGAUUCCCUAAAUAUGUAUUAGAUUUAUUAUUUGAGGGUCAAACUUUACAGUAACACAAUCUGUAAAUUUCACGAGUGGACUUUGCAAAACAAAAUGCUCUUAUUUUGAUCUCAUGCAUAGUGUAUAUUCUGUCCUGACAUUGCUGUGUCCACCACCAAACUGUGUUCUCUAAUGUCCAAACAGAGAUAUUUAAGUGAUGAGGUAUCUAAUCCAUGUGUGGCUAGUCAGUGUUAUUUUCUCCUUUAUAAAUGUCUGUACGACACAACCGCACUAUAAAAGACUUAGUUACUUAACCAACGAUUUCAUCAUCAUCGUCGUCAUCGUCGUCAUCAUCAUCAUCAUCAUCAUAAUAUCAACUCUAUCUUUAAUCACAUAUGUUAUGAUUGUCCUAUGUAAGUGUCAACAUUCCCAUUCGUUUGUUGAUCAAAGUAUAUUGUUAACGUCAGGUCUGAAUAUUAGCUCUUGUGUCCCAAAUAUAUAUUGUACAUGAUCACAUUCUCAUACCCAUAACUCUCUUCAUACUGCAAUCAUCCUGAUUCAUUGUCAUCUCUGUACACUAAAACUUUGUCUCCUCGUUGAGUUACAUUUUCCUUCACCCCUCUUGCAAUAACUCCAGUCCUACCUGUAUGAAAGGCCUCUGCCUUCUCCUGUCUGCCUUCCUGGUUUUGCCUUGCCCAGUCCAUACCACCUGCCGCCGUCCAUUUCAGGAAACAUUUUCAGAUUCACAUUCAUAAUUUGGUUAAAUAAUCCUUGACAUUAUCCCGUGAGGAUGAGUUCCUCAAUUCUCUGCUAUCGAGUAAAGUGUGACAGAUCCAAUUUAUACAAAAACGAAGUUGUAGUCUUUUCCUUUACCGACAAUCAUCUCGAGGGUUACGGAGGUAAACAUGAAGAACGUGAGGCCAAAUGGCUGCAUUGUUUGUACAUCCAAGAACUUUAAGAAAGCUUGACACCAUUUCUUCAAUAUUUCGUUUUCAUUUUUCAAUUUGUUCUUAUGCUUUAUCUAUUACCAUGAUGGUGACUUUGACGAUUAUAUAAAGAAAUCAAUAACUUUGCUUUACCUGUAAGUGUACAUUUUGUUAUAAACCAAGAUAGCAUAAUGUUAUACUAUAUGUAGUGUAAGAUUUUGGCAGUGUCCAAAUUCAAACUGCCAUUUUGUUAUCCCCCAAAAAUGUUUUGUUUUGGUUGUGAAUAAAACGUUUAUUUUUCUUGA